AAAGUACCACUUCGCAAUGAGUAUCGCGCUAGCAACGAUUCCAACCAUGAUUUUGUGAAAAAAAAUCGCCUUUGAAUAAAUGAAAUGGGGCGAUGCAUCCACUGCAUGUACGAUGACUUCGUAAGCAGUAUGUGACAGAGUAGCGUGUUUACCUAUUUGACAACGGAAUUCAUUACAUUCCGGCCCAGCCGUUAAUUGACCUACCUGUAGAAUUUUCUCAAUGAACACAUAUUUUCUACGAUGGCUUGUCAUUCUUGGAAUUCGUUAUACACCUAGAAAUCAAAAGAAAUAUAUAACAAUUAUUUAUGAUAUGAAACGUCAACUGAAAUGAUUUAUUAUGAAAAAGAGUAAAAUGAUCAAAAGGUAAAUACGUAAUUCAUAUUCGAUUGUCGACGUAGAAGAUCGUGAUUGCAUCAAAUACUAUCUGUUAUAAUCAACAACGUUUGUAUGAAUGGCGAUAUGUUGUAAAGGCACAGCACUAUGUUCACUGAUAUCACAAUCAAGAGCCAGACUGAUGUAGUAAAAGAUAGAAGGAUACGAUGACUUAUUUGUCCUUAAAAGACUCAUAUUGCUGUUAUACAUGCAGGGAAUGAUUAUUGACACAUCAAUGACAUUUAAUCAAUACACGGGGUAAGUUUACCCAGCAUUCAAUUGUUAAAGAGGCACUGAGUAUUGGAUUAUAUGUAUGCUUUAUCAAGAGGAUAUGGAGGUAUGUUAGGGAUGUGUACGUGACAACACAUUGUGAUUAUAGACGAACUAGAGCUUGAUGAUUGGAACAUUAAAUUCGAAAAUAAUAUUUCCGAAACCUUUCACUACAAUGGAAUUAGAUGACAACUCAGUAGAACCACAGGAUGUAGAUAUAGAGACGAUGUCAUCGCCGGAAGUGGAAACUCCUGCUGGAACACCUUCCCCGGAAGUUAGAUCGAGAAAGGAAAACAGAAAGACAAGCACAUCUUCCAUCACAAGUAAUUCUUCUGGAAAGUCAAAGACUAGACUUAACAAAAUAUCUCGGUUAGGGCGUCGUACGGAACUAAAAACGGCCCUGGGAACGGGAGAGGAAGAGGAAGUGGGAAAAGGAUGGCGUAGCCUUAGGAAUGCAGUCAAGGUCACAAACGCCGUAGCGACCAAGAAAAAAACAACUGUAACACGGGAAGAUUCAUUUCUAAAAAAAUUCUCAACACGCCAGCCGUACAGGAAUGAAUCGAACUGCAACCAUGUUGAGAAUCCCACUGAAAAUGUUAGUAAACAUGAGGCAAAGGAAAAGCAUAGGACAGUGUUCCGAAUGGACGGAAAUCUUAUGUUGUAUUGGACCGGGGUGGUCACCGUUGCCGUAAUGUAUAAUCUAUGGACAUGCAUUGCACGAGAAGCAUUCCGAGAGAUACACGAAAACCACCUGUUUGUGUGGAUUACCUGUGAUGUCCUGUGUGAUAUUGUGUAUGUUUUAGACAUCAUAUGCCAAUUUCGAACUGGUUACUUGGAUCAAGGCCUUAUGGUGUUUGAUUCUGUGAAACUUGCCAAAAAUUAUAUAUCCACAAAAUACUUCUAUUUGGAUCUUGCCUGUUUAUUUCCAUUGGAUUUCCUACAGUUCAUCAUUGGCAUACAUCCAAUGGUUCGUUUUCCGAGAUUUAUAAAACUGUAUAGGACUUUCCGAUUUUUAUAUAUGCUGGAAUCACGGACAGCAUAUCCGAAUUUCUUUCGAGUUGCAAAUCUGACACAUAUCCUUUUCCUAGGAUCUCACUGGUUUGCCGCUUUCUAUUACCUUAUAUCGGAAGCAGAGGAUUUUAAAGGUGACUGGUCGUACCCUAAACCAGUAGGAGAAUUUUCAUCCGUGACCCGGAAGUAUUUGGCUUCACUAUUCUGGUCGACCUUGACCUUAACUACUAUAGGUGACCUUCCGCCUCCAGAAACGAAUUGGGAGUAUGUCUUCGUAAUCGUGAGCUAUCUAAUUGGUGUUUUCAUCUUCGCCACAAUUGUUGGACAAGUUGGAAAUGUGAUAACAAACCGCAAUGCUAGUAGACAGGAAUUCGAGAGACUUUUGGAUGGUGCAAAACUUUAUAUGAGGAUGCACAAUGUACCUCCACAGCUACAGAAACGUGUACAAAGAUGGUACGAUUACGUGUGGAAGCGAGGCCGGAUGAAAGGUUCAGACAUCAACUCUCUGGGCAUGUUGCCCGACAAGUUUAAAACUGAGCUAGCAAUUCAUGUCAAUCUUGAAACACUGAAAAAGGUAACAAUUUUCCAAGAGUGCCAGCCGGAGUUUCUACAUGACCUUGUUUUGAAAAUGAGAGCGUACAUUUUUACACCUGGAGAUUUGAUAUGUCGACGAGGAGAAGUGGCAAGGGAAAUGUUCAUCAUAGCUGACGGGCUUGUUGAGAUUAUUAGCGAAACUGGCACUGUGCUGACCCAAAUGGGAACCGGAGAUUUUUUCGGAGAGAUUGGGAUUCUUAAUCUUGACGCUGGCAUAAACAGGCGAACGGCCGAUGUAAAAUCUGUCGGUUAUUCGGAACUGUUCGGGCUAUCUCGGGAGGAUGUGUUAGAGGCUCUUAAGGAUCAUCCUGAGGCUGAGCAAAUUAUCAGAUGUUAUGGACAAAGACGAUUAAAGGAAAUAGAAAAGCAUCGCAAACAGACAAAGCAAUCAUCUACUGUUAACUCGUUACCCUCUGGACAUCUAUGGUCUCCUAAUUCCCCAUGCAAAGGACUUCGGGCAAUUAUUACCGCCUCUCAAAAAGCAUCGCCAAACAAGCAAGGAGGCUUGCCAGGAAUUCGAAUUUCUAACUUUGAUGAAGAAAAUGAAAAUAAGUUGAAUGGUAAAUCUAAAAUGGUUAAUGGCGUAAAACGAUGGAUUGGUAAACGGGGCAGACGAAAUAAUGAUAAAAGACAGCACAGAAUUCACCAAACAAGCUUGGUUCAUCCUGUCGAUACCACACUAUCUAGUCCAUCGUACUUUGACUCAGAUCUAUCAUCUAAUAUUAGAGGCAAUCCGAAUGGAACUUUAGUUUGUGAAGCUAUUGAGGAUAGUUCGGAAGGAACAACACGUGAAUCAAAGAGUCAAAAUGUGAAAAAAGAAUGUGGUAACCAAACUCAGUGUUUUGGUACGGUUGAACGACUUUCAACCUCAAAAAGUGCAACAUCAAAUGAUUCGAAUAAAAGGCGGAAUUCAUUUGAAAAUAAUACUGUAGAAACAUUGGCAAGUAAUGAUGACUGUGGAAUGUGCUCAAGAAAUAAUUCAAAGAAAAAACAGACAGGAGACAAUACGUCUUCAGCGAAUGUGAAUAACACAGAAUUAAUUUCACCUGUUCCAAAUACUAAUACCCAAAACCUUCUUAUGCAAAGGAAUCCCACAUCACUACCAUCCGUUUCCAUGCCAACUAACAGUCACGAGAGUUGUGCUGACACAGUUACUAACCCUAGCAGUGAAAAUCCUUCCAGUGGAAUAUACCAACCACCAUAUCGAAAUUACAUCCGGGUCCUCCAAGGCACAUCAAAAUGGCCAGAGUCCUUCACUUUACCGGACAGAAUUACAGAUAUUGAAGAAGAACAUACACCCUGUGUUUCGCCCCGGAUUUGCAGUCGCAGAACGUCCGUGGGAUCUGCAUUGCACGACAGUCAUGGCACGUGUUGUUGUUACAAAUUACGUCAUCAUCUUUAUGAUAUGGAAAAUAAAUUGGGAAACAUGGAAGAAGUUUAUAAACACAGCCUUAAAAUGCUAAGUGCAAUUUCUGAGCAACAGAUUCUAAUGAUGGAGGAAAUAAGUAAAGCUAAAUCAACACUUGGCGAGGACUCCAGAGAUGACAGCGAACAAGACCUUGAAAUUACGCGGUUAUAGACUUCGUCUCUUCAUAGUCUAUCGGAUUCCAGCAACAUUGUCUAUGGCAAACCAGCCUGUGUUACAUCGAAUAACCUAGAGGAUGGACGAAUUAAAAAGGGAGUUGACAAGUUGUGAUUUCGGAUGUUGACGCCGAUUCUCUUUGAUUCAAUAUUGAAUGUCGGUGAUGUUGAAUUUCAAUAUGGCUAACAUGGUUGUCAGAGAUCCUGUUUAAAUCAUGGUUUGAUUGCCACGAGGACAAAUGUAAGCACAUACCUGGAAAUAAGCAGGAACUUUGAAAUGUCCGUAGGAUAUCGACUCAAACCUCUAUACAAAAUCAGAUAUUCGUAUAUCGAAGAGAACUUAUUUCGCUCAAGCACUUGUUUUAUUAACAAUUUUGCUGUUUUGUUACUUUAAUAAAAUUUAAUGAAAUCGUAA